AUGACGAAAGAGCAUUUCGCUGUCGCUUCUGUGCCAAGUCAUUCCAUCGCAAAGAGCAUUUACAGCGACACGAGAGACUUCAUACUAAAGAGAAGCCUUUCCAAUGCACGGUUUGCUCUGCUGGUUUUGCCCGGAGACCUUCUUGCUCGACAUAUCCGCCUCAUCCACGAAGCUGAAUCAACUUCUCCGUUUGAGACUGAGGCAGAUCAUUCUCGUGUGACCAAUUAUCAGACUCCAUCUAUUUCUGGGGCCGCUCAUGACAGUCUAAACAGCGUUUCGCCACCCAGAUUCAGGAUACGGCACCAAGAAGCUCCAACUUGUGUGGAAUCUGACGUUCCAUCAGACCAGACACCCAUUGGGAAUGGCUUCACCUCUUUCCCAUCUUCUCCUUCAAUCCAGCCCAGUGCCCCUCGGGCUACAUCUGCCAUGCUGCCUCUGGUUUCCCCAAUCGCUACACAGGAUAUACUGCCAACCCAACAGCCCAAUGGCUUUGGUGACUUUGAUCUAUUUAUUGACAGCCUAAAUGGAGCCUAUGGCUACGGCCUAUCGUCAUUUUAUGUCGAUCAGCCUAUUUUGCCGUCACCUCCGGCUCCUCUCUUCCCUAUCGUUGAACCGCGACUUCAAUGGCAUACCCCGAACUCUGAACUUUCCAAGCAAAGCAUGACACCCACAUCAGUGCCACGGCUAUUUGAUGACUUCACAUCCUCGCUACCCUCUUUCGAGCCUUCUCGCGCUACACGGUCCAAGAAAGAGCCAUUUCACGUCACACAACAAGACUGGGACUCUAUCUUGACUGAAGCUCAGAAAUUUCUUGCAGUUCUUCCCCAGGGGUUUUUUCUUCCCUCACGCCACACCAUGACCCGAUACAUCAAUACAUACUUUGCGGGAUUCCACCGCCAUCUUCCUCUGGUACAUCUUCCCACAUUCUUGGCUCCGAAGUGCCCGAUUGAAUUGAUGUUAGCCAUGGCAACUAUAGGUGCAAUAUCUGCAUUUGAUAGAAACAAUGCAACUAUGCUGUACCGUGCUUCGCUUGCCAUAUCGCAAGAACGACUUCGCCAUCGCAAGAAACAACGCCACGACAUGGUAUUCUCCGCCGGACCUCGGCCACCUAGCAUGCAACAAACGCGGAUUAUGCAAAAUUUGCCUGUUAUUUCCGAAACCUCACAACAUGACGCGGGUCCAUCAACAGAGCAAAUAUCGCAAUUUGACCCACUUCCGCUUGCGCAGGCAUUACUCAUACUUAUGGCUAUGGCAACCUGGGGAAAUUCAGAAGCCAUAUUUGAUGAGGCCAUAGAGAUCCAGAGCAUUUUGGCAAACUAUUUAAGGACUGAAAAGCUCUUAGAGCCACAAAUAUUCUCAAGCACUUCAGCGUGGUCUACAUGGAUAAAGGAAGAAGGUUUUCGAAGGACCGUCGCUAUCAUCUUCUGCUUUUUCAUCUUCCAUACUAUCGUCUAUGACCUUCCACCUCCGAUCCUCAACUCGGAAUUGAAUAUACACUUACCUUCGCGAGAGAAAGACUGGGAAGCAAAAACCGAGGAUGAGUGGCGACAAGCCCGUGACAAGCACGAGGCCGAGCCUCACUUUCAAUCUACUUUUGGAAUGUUAUUUUCCUCGCAGGCAGAAGACAUUCAAAAUCAGCUUUCGUCUUUGGGUAGCUACACAUUAAUCCUCGCUCUAAUACAGCACAUCUACUUUCUGCGAAUGGAGGCAAAACGCAGACCAGAAGGCGAGCAAAGUCUAUCUCCUAUGGAUAUGAAUGAGAUAGAACGAGCAUUGAAGAAUUGGCAAAGUGGGUGGAAUCAAGACCCGGAAUCGUUUCUUGGCCCUGGGAGCCCAUUAGGCCCAAUAUCUUUCAAUUCAACCGCCUUGCUUCGCAUGGCCUAUAUUCGACUCAAUGUGGAUCUUGGUCCGUGGCGCGCUCUGAACACUCAUGUUCCUCACGAGGUCGCGGCUUCCAUACAUCGAAGCCCACCUUUAUCAAGGAAUCGCAGACUCACCCGCGCAGUGCUCUACUCGGCUCAUGCGUUGAGUAUCCCCGUGAAAAUUGGAGUCAACAUCGUGGCCCACAAUCAGUCUUUUUCUUGGUCCCUUCAGCAUUCUUUAUGUGCUCUCGAGUGUGCUUUCAUAAUCAGCAAAUGGCUGAUUGCCAUACAGCCCCAUUUAUCACAGGAGACUCUUGACGAAGAAGAGGCAAGAUUAUACGCCUACAUCGUGGACAUGGUUAUGGAGGCUGAGGCUGGAGGGGACGUCGAAUCAUCCUCCACUAGUCUGUGUACUCGAGUUGUCAGUAUCUGGGCAAGAAUUCUGAGCGGGACGGCUCAUUGGAACGUGGUACCAAUGAUUGGGAAGAUUUUAGAGGCCUACGCUCAGAUUUUGGAGCCCCAUCCCACAUAG